AAUAAAAAAUGUGUGAUGUGCAUGGCAUUGCUGAUUGCCAAAGAAGUCGCCGCUUUCGCUUUUGAGAAAACUUGUGAAUGGGUUUGAGCGGUGUGAGAAAAUAUGCUAGUUCGCGUGUGCAUGUAUGGGUAUAGGGUCACUUGCAUUCACUUUGCUCGCUCGCACAGUGGAUUAUUAUGGUGUUUUUUUUUUGGGGAAUUGAACUAGAGCGUGGAAUAAGGAAAAGCUAGGGGCAGUGAAUAAUUCGUUACACGUGGCUUCCAAAGUCAGUGAUAUAAGCAAUAAAGUUAUUCAGCUGGAGAAAUAAGUUUAAAGCUCGAUACCCGAGAUAGCAAGUUUUACCAAAAAAUAGUAUAAGCAGAAAUUGGAGGCAGCAAAGGCAUAGCCAAACAGCAACACACUUAACAGGAUCACCACCACUAACAGCAGCAGCAGCAGCAGCAAAAAUGAAUGUCGAGAUCACGCCAAACUACUCGUACAUUUUCGAUUUCGAGAAUGAGUUCAUCCACCAGGAUACACGUGUCUGGAUGGUCAAAAACUGGACCUACGUGUUUUACUACUGUGGGAUCUAUAUGGCGGUGAUCUUUGGUGGUCAGCACUUCAUGCAGAAUAGACCGAGGUUCGAGCUACGCGGUCUGCUAGCGAUAUGGAACACGUUACUAGCAAUGUUCAGUAUAAUGGGUGCCUGUCGGACAGCACCGGAGCUAGUACACGUACUAAGACACUAUGGUCUCUUCCAUUCAGUCUGUGUUCCUAGCUUCAUCGAACAUGACCGCGUGAGUGGAUUUUGGACAUGGCUCUUCGUUCUGUCCAAGCUGCCAGAAUUGGGCGACACCGUGUUCAUCGUGCUGAGAAAGCAGCCUCUUAUCUUCCUGCAUUGGUACCACCACAUCACUGUCCUGAUGUACUCGUGGUUCUCGUACACCGAGUACACCGCCUCGGCCCGUUGGUUCAUCGUGAUGAACUACUGUGUUCACUCGGUUAUGUACUCGUAUUAUGCUCUGCGUGCCCUCAACUUUAAGCCUCCUCGCUCGAUUGCUAUGCUAAUCACAACCCUCCAGCUGACGCAGAUGGUGGUUGGCUGUGCGAUCAAUGUGUGGGCCCAUGGGUUCCUGCAAACCGCCGGCAAGGGAAGCUGUAACAUUUCGGAGAUGAACAUCAAACUUUCGAUCGCAAUGUACUUCAGCUACUUUGUCCUGUUUGCACGCUUCUUCUACAAAACCUACCUCUCGACGAACGCACGCAAGGGCAAACGCUCGGUCAAAUCUUCUUCCAGCAGUGGAGGGGUUGAGUACAGCAGUAAACAAAAUAUGGCACCGAUUAGUGGCAGCUUUACGACGGUAGCACAAACCGAUAAGGUCAAAGCACAGUAAACGGCUCAGGGCUGCUGCACACUUGCAUUGAAGCACAUAAUAUACCAAGAGAACAAAAUUCACCGAGGAAAAACUUUCUUGCACCGAUUCUCAAGCACUACCUUCUGUUACCAUCAUCAAGUCAGGAUAUGUCAGGGUGUCAGGUCAUUUGUCCGUUAGUCAUCCAUCGCAAGACCUCGCGCGGCCGCUUUCCAUUAGUAGCGGGUGUCUGCAGCAUAAGUAAAACACAAAGCAAUAACACAAUUUCCGAGAUUAAAGAAACGAACCCCAAGAGAGGAGGUGAGUCGAACA